AUGUCUGCCCCCCUCCGCAUUGUCAUGGCCUGCGAUGAGGCCGGUGUCCCUUACAAGGAUGCCAUCAAGGACACCCUCCAGAAGAACCCCCUCGUCGCCGAGAUCAUCGAUGUCGGCGUCAACACCUCCGAUGACAAGACCGCCUACCCUCACCCCGCCGUUGAAGGAGCCAAGCUCAUCACGGAUGGCAAGGCAGACCGCGGCCUGUUCAUCUGCGGCACUGGUCUCGGUGUAGCCAUCGCCGCCAACAAGGUGCCUGGCAUCCGUGCGGUCACAGCCCACGACCCCUUCUCCGUCGAGCGCUCCAUCCUCAGCAACGACGCCCAAGUCCUGUGCAUGGGCCAGCGGGUCAUCGGCGUUGAGCUGGCCAAGAAGCUGGCCUCAGACUGGCUCAACUACCGCUUCGAUCCGAAGAGUGCCUCGGCAGCCAAGGUCCAGGCGAUCACCGAUUAUGAGACUCAGUUCCGCACUGCGGCUUAG